AUGCCUUCUUCUACAACGGACACGCUACGCUCGUGCCUGGCAUACACGCCCGAGCCACUCAAUUUCGGGACCAGCGGUCGUCGGGGCUUGGUGGUCCACUUGACUCAGCUCGAAAUAUACACGAAUGUCCGGGCUGAAAUUCGUUACCUUCAAUCUCUCGAUCCCUCCGAAGGUGGCAUUCGUGCCGGUGACGAUUUCUACUAUGCGCAUGAUCUCCGGCCCAGUUCUACCGGGAUACAGAAUGGUCGUGGCGGCCUCUGCGAUGCAGUCAGGAAGGCUGUAGAGGACGGCGGCAUGCAUCCCAUUAAUCUCGGCGCCAUCCCGACACCUGCACUGACCUAUUUUGCGCUGAAGCACGGCAAGGGUAGUAUUAUGGUCACGGGCAGUCACAUACCCUUCGACCGCAAUGGCUACAAGCUGAAUACUUCGAAAGGCGAGCUGUUGAAAAAGGACGAGCAGCCCAUUAACAACGCCGUCGCAAUCACCCGUGAAGAACUCCUGAACCAACCCUACGCCGAGUCGCUUUUUGACAAUCAGGGUAUGUUCCGCAACGGCUAUACUGAUAGCCUACCGGUUCUGCCCGAAGGCAAGACGACCUACCUCCGGCGCUACCUGGAUUUCUUCGAGGGCCAAACACUCGAAGGCAUGAAGCUCCUUGUCUACCAGCAUUCCGCUGUUGGCCGAGAUCUUGUGGUUGAAUUGCUACAGCUACUCGGUGCGCAAGUCACUCCUAUCGGUCGCAGCGAAACCUUCGUGCCGAUUGAUACAGAAGCCAUCGAUGAUGCCCAGCUUAGCACCAUCUCGAAUCUGUGCAGCAACGCCGGUCAAGCAUUUGACGCGGUACUGUCGACUGACGGUGACAGCGAUCGUCCACUUCUCCUCGCACCGGAGGGAGAGACACUCCGCUUCUUUAGCGGUGACCUGCUAGGCAUGAUUGUUGCCGACUACCUGCAUGCGGACGCCGUUGUCGUCCCAAUCAGUACCAACGAUGGCAUUGACCGUGGUCCUCUAGCCCACAUGACGGAGCCGAAGACGAAGAUUGGCAGUCCCUAUGUCAUCGCCGGUAUGCAGAAUGCUGUUGCUAAACAACGUCAAACUAUCUGCGGAUGGGAAGCCAAUGGUGGAUUUCUCACUGGAUCCGAUAUCGAACGGAACGGCAAGAUUCUCCACGCCCUUCCUACGCGCGACGCAGUUCUCCCUCUCCUCUGUGCUUUGUUUGCGGCACGUACCAAGCAAGUCACGUUGCCCGAACUUUUUAGCACGCUGCCUGGCCGUCACAGCCGCGCCGCGGUGAUUCGCAAUUUCCCUCGUCCGACGAGUAUGAAAAUCAUUGGGCGCUAUUCACCCUCUGAAGCCACCAUGCGGGAUAUCUUCUACAAGGCCGACGCCAUCAUCGCCCACGAUCCCGACAACGUCGCGUUGCAAGUAUCGGAGGCUCAGGCCCAACAACUUGAUAAGGUCCGCCGCGAAUUGGAGAAUGUAUUUUCUCCUGAGGCUGGUUUCCUUCAAUCUCCCGAAUCAACUACACCGACGGCGUCCGCAUUAUCUUUGCGAAUGGUGAUGUCGCUCAUAUCCGUCCGUCUGGCAACGCAGAUGAGCUUCGCAUCUAUUCGGUCUCUGAUACUCAGGAGCGUGUCGAAGCCAUCAUCCGCCUGGGAAUUGCGGAGCCGGAUGGUCUUCUUAGACGUUUGGAACGCACAGUUUAAGUCACUGAUAGACUUCUUACGAUCAUGA